GUACCUGGAGAAAACCCACGCAGGCAUGGGGAGAACAUGCAAACUCCACACAGGCGAGGCCAGAUUUGAACCCACGUCCUCAGAACUGUGAGGCAGAUGUGCAAACCAAUUUUCCCACUGUGCCGCCUCCUUAAAGGUUACCAAACAUUAUUACCUUAGUCUUAUUUAAAUUUAAUGAUAAUUCAUUAGUAAUUUACUGUCAAGCUAUGUUUUCAAUUAAAAUGUUAAUCAAUUAGUGUGUUUAUGGGUUUAUUAUAAUUAUCACAUGAAUCAAAAACAUAUUAGUUUAAUCAGCAAAAUCAAAAUUUUUUUUUUACUGUCCAGGGCAUUUGUGAUCUCUUUCACUGGUCAUCAAUAAUUGCCAUAGAUGUUUAUCUUUUAGGCCUAAUUCCAUACUGAUUUUCAUGUAUUUCAGUAAGAAAUUAAUAAGCCACUUUAAAAUUAAAAAGUGAAAAAGUAACCACAGAAACAUUUCAAAUAUGUCCCUAAAAUUUGGGAUUUAAUCUAUUUUCCCAGAAUGGGAUUAUUGUGCGGCACGGUGGUUAGAGCGUCAGCCUCACAGUUCUGAGGACCAGGAUUCAAUCCCCGGCCCCGACUGUGUGGCGUUUGCAUGUUCUCCCCGUGCCAGCGUGGGUUUUCUCCGGGCACUCCGGUGUCCUCCCACAUCCCAAAAACAUGCAUGAAUUGGAGACUCUAAAUUGCCCGUAGGUGUGAAUGUGACUGCGAAUGGUUGUUUGUUUGUAUGUGCCCUGCGAUUGGCUGGCAACCAGUUCAGGGUGUACCCCGCCUCCUGCCCGAUGAUAGCUGGGAUAGGCUCCAGCACGCCCGCGACCCUAGUGAGGAGAAGCGGCUCAGAAAAUGGAUGGAUGGAUGGGAUUAUUGUUUAUUCCAAGUACAGAUCCUUUCCCAAAAAUUUUAAUACCAUGGAAAAGUUUAUUUAUUUCCAUAAUUCCAUUCAAAAAGUUAAACUUUCAUAGAUUAUAGAUUCAGGACCCACAAUUUAAACAAUUUCAAGUAUUUAUUUGUUUAUUAUUACAUAAUUUGGGUUUCCAGCUCAUAAAACCCACAAAAUGAGUAUUUUUUAAUACUGUGAAGAAAUCACCAUUUACUUAUCAGUUUUUGGAGCAAAAAAAAAAAAAAAGAGAGAAAGAAAUUAGGGUCACUGUCAUGUGUGUGUGUGUUCCGGGUUUUGUCUUCAUUAAGAAAGACCCUACACGGGUUCUUCCUAAAGUGACACUAUGCUCUCCUGAUCAAGAAAUUCAUACACCUGUAUUUAUUGACUCUGAACCUGACUUGUCUCAAGUGCCCACCUGUUACCAUGACAUUAAAGAUGUUUUUUCCAAGACCAAGGCCAAGUCCCUUCCACCCCACAGACCUUAUGACUGUGCUGUUGACUCGCUGCCUGGAACCACACCCCCACGAGGGAGGUUGUUCUCUCUUUCAGGGCCGGAACACAAGGCCAUGAAGGAGUAUGUGGAAGAAUCACUGGCAGCCGGGAUCAUUCGCCCAUCUUCAUCCCCUGCGGGAGCAGGAUUUUUCUUUGUGGACAAGAAAGACAAAACCCUGCGACCCUGUAUCGAUUACCGGGGUCUCAACGAGAUCACGGUAAAAAACAGAGACAUGUUGAUCACAGACCUGGCUGCCACUUUAACUUUCGAGGAGCUUUGUGAGGAGGUGAGAACGAUGUGCAGCCUUACCAGACAGCAGCCCAUCACACUCAAGUGGAUUGAUGAUGAAGGAGACCCUUGUACCAUCUCAUCUCCGCUGGAGCUGGAGGAGGCAUUUCGUAUUUACAAUCGAAGCCAAAGAUCUGGACUGCUGUUGCAUGUCUUCCCAAGUAUUCCGGAGCAGCCUGGAAUGCCAUGCCCUGGAGAGGACAAAUCGAUCUAUCGUCGAGGAGCCAGAAGAUGGAGGAAACUCUACCAGGUCAACGGGCACCUCUUCCAGGCCAAGCGCUUUAACACGAAAGCCUACUGUGGCCUCUGCAGUGAAAGGAUAUGGGGGCUUGGUGGGCAAGGCUACAAGUGUAUCAACUGCAAGCUGCUGGUCCAUAAGCGCUGUCACAGACUCAUCCCUCAGACCUGCCAAAGGCUUAUGGAUCCAGCCAUGCCAUCACAGGAGCCCCCUUCAGAUGUGAAGAGUGAAGAGGUGGACCUUUCACUAGAUGAUGCAGAAGACAGAGAUGGAAGACCGUAUUUACCACACAACUGUACAGUGGACAAACUAGAAGAGACAGAUGUGCAGGACAUUAAAUCAGUGGUGGAUGGAAUCGAUGGUAUCAAGCUGUCUCAAGGCCUUGUUCUGGGGUUAGCAGACUUCGACCUGAUCCGAGUUAUUGGGCGUGGCAGUUAUGCCAAGGUGCUGCUGGUCCGCUUAAAGAAGAAUGAUCAGGUUUAUGCCAUGAAGGUGGUGAAGAAGGAGCUGGUUCAUGACGAUGAGGAUAUUGACUGGGUGCAGACAGAGAAGCAUGUGUUUGAGCAAGCCUCCACAAAUCCAUUCUUAGUGGGCCUCCACUCCAGUUUCCAGACGGAAAGUCGGUUAUUUCUUGUGAUUGAAUAUGUGAAUGGUGGGGACUUGAUGUUUCAUAUGCAACGACAAAGAAAGCUCCCUGAAGAGCAUGCACGAUUUUAUGCUGCUGAAAUCUGCAUUGCUCUAAACUUCCUGCAUGAGAAAGGCAUCAUCUACCGAGACCUGAAGCUGGACAAUGUUCUUUUGGACCAUGAUGGACACAUCAAGCUCACAGACUAUGGCAUGUGUAAGGAGGGGAUCAGACCAGGUGACACGACCAGUACUUUCUGUGGAACACCCAACUACAUUGCACCAGAAAUCCUCAGAGGAGAAGAUUAUGGCUUCAGUGUAGACUGGUGGGCCCUAGGCGUGCUAAUGUUUGAAAUGAUGGCUGGGAGGUCCCCGUUUGACAUCAUCACUGACAAUCCUGACAUGAACACCGAGGAGUACCUCUUUCAAGUUAUUCUUGAGAAGCCUAUUCGCAUCCCAAGGUCUCUGUCAGUGAAAGCUGCCAGCGUGCUCAAGGGUUUUCUGAACAAGGAUCCCAAGGAGCGGCUGGGUUGCCAGGUCCAAACAGGCUUCACGGAUAUCAAGUCCCACACAUUUUUCCGAAGUAUAGACUGGGAGCAGCUGGAGAAGAAGGAUAUGACGCCACCCUUCAAACCUCAAAUCUCAGACGACUAUGGCCUUGAAAACUUUGACACACAGUUUACUAAUGAGCCAGUACAGCUAACACCGGAUGAUGAGAGCGUCAUCAAGAGAAUAGACCAGUCGGAGUUUGAGGGAUUUGAAUACAUCAACCCCCUGCUGCUGUCCACUGAGGAGUCUGUAUGAAGGCGACAAGGUGUUUCCUCUUGGCUCCAGUUUGUCCAAGCCACAAGACAUCUCGAGGACUAGAGGACGAAUGCUCCUCUCUGGACCUCGUCAGCUAAGCAAACGUUGAUACAGGAAAUGUACCUUCCUGCACUACUGGGAUACCAGAUUCCUUAUUCUCUUGGUAUCUGCAAGAACAAUUCACUCGAAGGACAUUCCCUCUGGAUAUUUCGUCUUAACCUUCUUUGUUCUUUCUGUUUUUUGAUUCCUCUCAAGCCACAGAAUCUCCAUUGUGGUGUCCAAUGCUUUGAGAGCUGGCUCGUUCGGUGCCUGACACCUUUUAUUCCAUCGCACAUUUCUGGAUGCACCACAGCUUCUGUGAAGGACUUGAACAUUUUACAUACACUUUCUUGGCAAUUUGUUGAUUUUUUUUUUUUUUUUUUUAAUCUCAAUAGGAGGGAGGGUCGGUCGGGUGUGGGACUCAUUUAAAAUAAGAAUGUAUAAUGAUGACUGAAAGUUUAAGUUAUUGUGUACGAUCAUGUAGGUAUUCAAUCCAAAUUUGAUGAUGCCUUUUUCAUCGAUGCAAGUGGCCCUUUUUCCUCCUUAACAACAAUAUACUAUUUCUUGAAUUUUGCUUUUUUUUAAAUUUUUUAAAAAUUUUAUUUAAGAAGUGCCUCACAGAUCAAACAAAUUCCCCUGUCUCUGAUUGGACUUAUCUCCCUGUCAACAUUUCUUUAUACUCACUCAAAAUAGAACAUAAUACAAUAGUCUGUACUGUGCCAGGUUCUUUUUGGAGCACAGCAGACUGAGAGAACUGUUUCGCUUUUGAAUGAGUGAAUUCCAAAGCACAGGAGCAGCGUUGCCAAAUCCGACGUCGGAAAUGUCUUCAAAACUUGAGCCACCGGUACAUUGAUUAGUAGAUGGCUUGUGAGAAGGUUUCCUGGUUUGCACAUUUCAUUGCAGGGUUAAGUGAGUGUGAGAUUUGGGACACGAAUCUGAGUUCAUGUCACAAGCAACAGGAUUUUGCCAAGGCUGCAUUGUUUACACCAGUGGUUCUCAACUCUUGUCACCCUGGGGUUCACAUUUCCCUAUUGUUCCAAAGUCGAAACCUGCUUUAUAGAAAUUAAGAAGAUAAAGAAAAUGUAUUCUUUAAAAAUUGAAAAUAAUUUUUUCAAUUUGUUUUCAUGUAUUGUACGCAAUACAUGAUUGUAAAAUAUACAUAGUUAUGUAUUGUAACGUAACAGGACACCCUUGUAAAGGAGAUUUUUAAUCUCAGUGAGGAUUUCUCGGUUAAACAAUUUCAAAUAAAAUGAGUAGACUAUGACAACAUGUUCAAGGGGCAAUUAAGAGCACAUUAAGAAACUGAGCGUGAACAUGACAACUGCAUUUAUGAAAUCAAAUGGAAAAAAAGAAAAUGCAGUGCUAACUGAGCAGGCCGCGUGAUCGCGUAUCUUUAUGCCGCUGGGCAAACUAGUUGAUUCCUCACUAUUCAGCAUCGUUGUAAACCGAGGACCCCGUCAUUUUUCUUGGCUGUUGGCGACCCACCCAAACACCCAAAAUGAGUCUGCGACCCAUAUUUGGGUCCCAACCCACCAUCCCACGAAUCACUGGUUUAAACAGCAAAGUGAGGUACACACAUACUGACAUUCGGGCCUAAUUUCAAUUCAGAUCAGCAAAUUUUGAUUCAAGUCAGCAAAGGCCUGGUGCUACAAUGUCUCUAAUGCCCAGUGGCACCAUGCCGCCUCUCAUUGGUCAGUCUUGGUGCUACGCCAGACAUCUGGUUUGGGGGAGGAAACGUGCAAAUGUUGAUUGAGAUAUCGUUAUGCGCGGUGUGCUGUGUUGGUCAUCUCAAGUACACCACAUAGUGUAAGCGCAGUAACUACACACUUGCUGAUUGGUGUUGUCAUGUUAAAAUUUCAGAGACAUUUCAAAUAACGGUUAUGUUAAAAAUUGAUGUGUGUAUCCCACUUAAGUGCCCUCCAUUUAUUGAACAUCACAUCGAAAACACUCAGCAGCACAAAUAUGCAAAAGAUCAUUUGUGUGUACACGAGUAUUGUUUAGUGACACUGUUUCAAAUGUUCACCGUUAUGUAAUUGUGCUCAUUAGGUCUAGUUAAAUAUAAAUCCAGAUUUGUACAGAUUUAGUUCAUGGUGUCAAGUCCCAUCAGAAGAAAUUAACACGAUUAUUUAAAUUGAAUAAAACAUCCUUUGUUGACCACUUUGAUCAAAUACCAGGUUAUUUGCUCCUGUGUUAUUAGAAUGUACAUUGGAACCUCUAAGGUUGGGCAUAAUCCAUUCUGGGUUGCUUGUCGAUUUGUUUGAAUCUCUAGACAGUAUGUCAGAGCAAACAAUUCCAGGCCAUCAAUUUAAAAACUUUAAAGUAACAUUUUAAAAUGCUGUUAAGAAAGCAAAACAUUAAAAUACGGGGAAGUUUGCAGUUUUACAAAUGCGAGCAAGAUUUGAAUGUAAUCUCAGUUCACUCAUCCCCACUUCGAGGCUCUGAGCAAAGCCGCGCCCCUCACGAGCGUGCACGAGAAGUACACUGUACAUAACGUGCAUUGUAAACAAGCCGACAGCCACGGCUACUUGGGAAGCAGGACUUAUCUGUAACAGUGUGUUACUAUAACCCUAAAUGUAAUCGGUACAAUCAAUCAAAAAUCUAAAAGAGAUGAUUAAACUUAAUUGUUACGCAGAAAUGAUAAUACAUAAUUCAGCAUUGAUUCUAAAUCCUCAGCUGCCUGAGGUCCCUUGUUCUACUUCUGUUUUCUAGUCUUAUGUCCAGUUGUUAGCAAACAAGGAAUGGGAAUAUUUUUUGGGGGCGGAGGGGGGGGAUUGAUUUUAACGCCAGCAGCGUGAGGCUGUGGGGAUCAAUAAUGUUUUUCUUUGGGCGCUGUUGGUUCCUUUAAAAUCAUUAGGUACAAGAUGGAGACAGGCUGGGCUGAUUUUUUUCUUUAUUUAUUUUUUCAAAUAUUUUACUAAUGUACUUCUGUCAGUUCUAACAGUUUGAACAAAUAUGACAAAAAGUGAGGUUUUGUUUUGAACACAAAAGUCUCCAUUAAUUGUAAUGAUAAAGGCGUAAUGCAAAGGUUGCUGUCACACAAGAGUAAAAAGCCACACUGUCAAAACUUGUUUACAAUAAAACUGUACUUCGAUAAGUGAUGAAGAUGCCUAUAAUGCUGAUAUAUCUCCGACUUCUCCCCUUGUUGAAUUGGAUUAAGUGUGGCCUCCGAACACCCUCGAACCAGUGUCUCGUAAGGAAAGCUGAAGUCUUGCACAACAUGCUGAUGUCUCGCGCCAUGUGAUGCAAAUGACGAAAAUGUUGGUGGAACGAGCUCAUUAGUGGCACUGAACUUGAGCGGCUUCACAGUAAGAUGUCACAGAUGUGUUACAUAGUCCAGAGGUGUGCUGUUAAACAAAAGUAACCUUGUAACCAUAUUCUCAAUGGUUUUGAAUCUCACUUAGUGAACGGGGCUGCAAGACCAUCUGCAGCCGGUUGUGAAUACAGUGGGUACGCAAAGUUUUCAGACCCCCUUCAAUUUUUCACUCUUUGUUAUAUUGCAGACAUUUGUUAAAAUCAUUUAAGUACAUUUUUUCCUCAUUAAUGUAUGCACGGCACCCCAUAUUGACAGGAAAAAAAACGGAAUUGUUGAAAUUUUUGCAGAUUUAUUCAAAAAGAAAAACAGAAAUAUCACAGCCAUAAGUAUUCAGACCCUUUGCUCAGUAUUUAGUAGAAGCACCCUUUUGAGCUAAUACAGCCAUGAGUCUCUUUGGGAAUGAUGCAACAGGUUUUUCCCACCUGGAUUUCAGGAUCAUCUGCCUUUCCUCCUUGCAGAUCCUCUCCAGUUCUGUCAGGUUGGUUGGUGAACGUUGGUGGGCAGCCAUUUUCAGGUCUCUCCAGAGAUGCUCAAUUGGGUUUCAAAAACAAUCAGUUCUGAAGCCACUCCUUGGUUAUUUUAGCUUUUGAAGGUAAACCUUUGGCCCAGUCUGAGGUCCUGAGCACUCUGGAGAAGGUUUUCGUCCAGGAUAUCCCUGUACUUGACCGCAUUCAUGUUUCCUUCGAUCGCAACCAAUUGUCCUGUCCCUGCAGCUAAAAAACACCCCCACAGCAUGAUGCUGCCACCACCAUGCUUCACUGUUGGGACUGUAUUGGGCAGGUGAUAACCCUGGUGCCUGGUUUUUUCCACACAUUCCGCUUAGAAUUAAGGCCAACAAUUUCUGUCUUGGUCUCAUCAGACCAGAGAAUCUUAUUUCUCACCAUCUUGGAGUCCUUCAGGUGUUUUUAGCAAACUCCAUGCGGGCUGUCAUGUGUCUUGCAGUGAGAAGAGCUACUCUGCCAUAAAGCCCCGACUGGUGGAGGGCUGCAGUGAUGGUUGACUUUCUAGAACUUUCUCCCAUCUCCCGACUGCAUCUCUGGAUCUCAGCCAUAGUGAUCUUAUGGGUUCUUCUUUACCUCUCUCACCAAAGCUCUUCUCCCACGAUUGCUCACUUUGGCCGCACGGCCAGCUCGAGGAAGGCUUGUGGUCGUCCCAAACGUCUUCCAUUUCAGGAUUGUGGAGGCCACUGUGCUCUUAGGAACCUUAAGUGCAACAGACAUUUUUUGUAACCUUGGCCAGAUCUGUGCCUUGCCACAAUUCUGUCUCUGAGCUCUUCAGGCAGUUCCUUUGACCUCACGAUUCUCAUUUGCUCUGACAUGCAGUGUGAGCUGUAAGGUCGCAUAUAGACAGGUGUGUGGCUUUCCUAAUCAAGUCCAAUAAUUAUAAUCAAACACAGCUGGACUCCAAUGAAGGUGUAGAACCAUCUCAAGUAUGAUCAGAAGAACUGGACAGCACCCGAGUUAAAUAUAUGAGUGUCACAGCAAAGGGUCUGAAUACUUAUGGCUGUGGGAUAUUUCAGUUUUUCUUUUUGAAUAAAUCUGCAAAAAUUUCAACAAUUACGUUUUUUUUUUCUGUCCUGUGUGUACAUUAAUGAGGAAAAAUAAUUACUUAAAUGAUUUUAACAAAUGGCUACAAUAUAACAAAGAGUGAAAAUUUUAAGGGGGUCUGAAAACUUUGCGUACCCACUGUAUGACGCUGCUGGGUGGUCGUGCUUUCUUGUGGAACAAGGUAUUCAUCUUCAUUCAGGCUCGCUCAACAUUAGAAUCCCUUGUUCGGGUCUCUUUUUGAAUAGUGCUGCCUAUGUCCUUGGUUCAUUUACAAUUGUGUUCAGAAUAAUAGAUUUGUGUUUAGAAAAAAAAAAAAAAAAAAAGCAUGAUCAUACCUUUUAUUUCCAUACACACAAUUCCAUUGAGAACAGUAAAUAGCAAUAGCGUCCCGGGCUGGAAUAGCAGUUCACAGGUACCAAAAGUUGCGACACAGAUGUGAAGCAGCGCUCACAAACUGUACUUGUACAACCAAAUAUUAGUGCAGUCAUUCACAGGAAAACAAAACCUUCGUCUUUCACUUUUUACAUUAAGUCACAUACUCCUACUUCAAUUUCUGUGAAGCAGUUGUUCUCAAACCUUUUACACCAAUUUCCACAUAAAAAAAUAUUUUGACCUCCAAGUACCACUAAAAUGAAAUUAAAAUACAGUAGUCUUAGUCUCUGCCUCACAGUUCUGAGGACCCGGGUUCCAAUCCGGCCUCGCCUGUGUGGCGUUUGCAUGUUGUCCCCGUGCCUGUGUGGGUCUUCUCCGGGCACUCCGGUUUCUUCCCACAUCCCAAAAACAUGCAUGGUAGGCUAAUUGAAACAUAAAUUGCCUGUCGGUGUAAAUGUGAGUGCGAAUGGUUGGUUGGUUGUUUGUCUGGGCCCGCGAUUGGCUGGCGGCCAGCUCAGGGUGCACCCCGCCUCUCGCCCGCAGUUAGCUGGGAUAGGCUCCAGCAUACCGGCGACCCUAGUGAGGACGAGCGGUGUCGAAAAUGGAUGGAUAGUCUAGUAGGCCCAAUUGUUCAUCGAAAACAAGGCAGAGGUUUUAAUCUUAAAGUGUAUGCAGCAGUAUUUUAAUAUUAUCGUAAGCCUCGUCAUGCUGUGUGAACAUUAACACUGCCAGAAAAGAAAAAAAUAAGAUAACUAUAAUAAUAACUUAAAUAAUGAUUCAAUUAAAAUGUAUUGCACAUAAAAGUUCAAUAAAAAUUGUAAAAUUGGACCGAAAUCCUUUUGGAAGAAACACAGUUAGUACUUCAAACUUAAAUACAACUGAACUAUUGUUAGCACUAUAACAUUACAGUUUGAAUAUUAAAUUAAUGAUGAAGGAAUUACGCCUUUUAUUAGGCUAUUGUGAGGAUUUGAGCUUUACACGCUUCGCACACUCUUGCUAAUACUCUAAUCACAACUGUAUAUCUACUCAACUACCAAACCAGUGAAUCAACAAAUGUAUUAGGCACAGUGUAAUAAAUGACAUACACAGUACAAAUCUACUGGUACUUUUUUCUUCUUUCAAGUGCUAUUGGAGAUGGACAAUGUUUCAGGGCAUAUAGAAUGCAGUCGUAGGGCCAAUUUAAUUAAGUAGUCCUCCGAGAGGCGGCACGGUGCGUGACUGUUUAGAGCGUCUGCCUCACAGUUCUGGGGACGGCGGUUCAAUCCCCGGCCCCGCCUGUAUGGAGUUUGCAUGUUCUCCCCGUGCCUGCGUGGGUUUUCUCCGGGCACUCCGGUUUCCUCCCACAUCCCAAAAGCAUGCAAGAUUUUGAAUUUUGAAGCAGUCACCUACAAUUUAGUGGUUCACUCGCGUCAUCUCCAACACAGAUAGCUGUUAUUGUCCAUUUCUAUAUGGUCCCUAUGCCUUUUGCCUGAAAUCAGCUGCGAGUGGUUUAUAUAUAUAUAUAUAUAUAUAUGUGUGUGUGUGUAUGUGUAUGUAUAUGUAUAUGUAUGUAUGUAUGUAUAUAUAUGUAUGUGUAUGUAUAUAUAUAUGUAUAUAUAUGUAUGUGUAUAUAUAUAUAUAUAUAUAUACAGGUUGAUUGAAGUUGUCUUCCAUCCCACAAGAGUUCCUUGUGUAAUCAGUUAAUGCGGUUUCAAGGCGGCUAGAGAAACUGGUGGCUAAUGCUGGCGCCCAUAUUGAGUUUUAAAUAAAACUCCACGCAAUACACUUUCUUCUCAUGUUCAUUUCUUGUAAGAAUUAUAGUUCAGAAGUAAAUUACAAAUACUUAAAAAUAGGGAGUUACUUUUCAAUCACACGGUAUAUAAAUUACCGUUCCUCUUACUUUUUUAGGACUGUAAGAGUCAGACUGAAAACUCUUGCGGGCCAUAUACGGCCCCUGUGCCAUAGGUUCACCACCCCUGGUGUAAUACCUACACUUUUCUGCUGACAAAUUGUAAACUUCAUCAUUUUCAAUACACAGUCAAAUAUUCCUUUGAAUAGAAAGAAUAAUAUAUGCUUUAAAUGGUUUGUACCAUUUAAAAGUAAGCUCAUAAAAAGGAUGGAAAAUGUGUAUUGGGAGCAGUAUUGUAAAUUGAAGGCUGUUUUUGUGCAUUGUUCUCAGUAAACCACCGUUCAUGUCCAUCUGGAUUAGGGGUGGUCAAAGUAUGGUCCACUGGCCAACUCCAGCACCUGCAGUAUUAUCUUCGUGUUUAUGUUUUUUCCUAUAAUUGGUUAGUUGAAUGUACUUUUUGUGUUGUAAUGUUAAAUUAUUUUCCUUUAUUUUUAAAUUAAAUCACCAGUUAACUAUAAUUCAAUACAUUUUUCAUGUGUAAUGUCUUACAUAUUUUACAUAGACAAUGAUUGGUUUCUUUCUAUUCUUUUUUACACCUUAUCUGCAAAUGACAGAAUCUGUCCAUUUUAAAAAUCAAAGCAUUGAGCAAAAAUGUUUGCCUGCAUCCGAUCUAAAUGUUCUAAUUUGGAAGCCUCGGAUCACUGUUGAAUUUUCAUAAAAUCAAACACUUCAUUUAUGUAUCUAAAUUAGUUUUAUUUGAAAUGUGCUUACAAGGAAAAUGUCUCUAUUGGUUGAAAAUUUGUUGAUGCAAUCUGACCUAUUAUUAUUUGGAGAACUACAUAAUAGGAUUAAUUAGUGGAUCCCGAGUCAAAGGUUCUCAUUUAGCUGCAGGCCUUGACAUGCAGAGAGGAAGAUAGCACAGGCAGCGAUAAUGAAGCAGUUAUGAAGACACUGAAUAAAACACAUACAUGCGCACACACUUGCAAAUCCCUUCGACAUUUCAGCAAUCUUCUGCAUCUACUAUCUCAUGUGGAGUGUUUCUUCCCAUGUUGGACAUUUCGAUCAUGAGCGACAAAAGCGGCAAAAGAGUAACACCUUGCUGUAUUUUUAUUUAAGAAAAUGAUACUGUAAUAAUAAUAAUUACAUGUCGACAGAUUUGUUUCAAUUCACUGUUGGUUUGAUAUUUUCUUCACAGCGUCUUUGUAAAUAUGUGUAAUAAUUAAAAACAAUACUGGUUUUCUGUGAACCUUUGA